AUGGUGUGGCGAACGCCGAAGGAAGAGCUUGAUCCUAAAUGCACUGUUCCAACCGUUAAAUACGGAGGAGGGAAUGUAAAGUGUUGGGGCAGAUUUUCAUCUUCUGGCGUGGGAAAUCUUGUCUUCAUAGACGAAAACAUGACAGGAGAGAUUUAUCGUGAUAUUUUACAAAAAAAUUUGUUCGAGUCUGUGAAAAAAUUAAAUUUGGGGAGAAAAUGGGUGAUGCAACAUGAUAAUGACCCAAAACAUCGGGCACAUAUAGUAACAAAUUGGUUGAAUGAAAAAGGGGUUGAGCGGCUGAAAUGGCCACCAUAUUCUCCGGAUUUAAAUCCUAUCGAGCAUAUGUGGGAUGAACUUGAACGAAGAAUGAAAAAAGAGAAGCCAAAGAACGCAACAGAAUUAAAACAUACUUUAUCUCGUGUUUGGCAAGGUAUCGGAACAGAUGUUACAAAAAAGUUGGUCGAUUCCGUACCCAUUCGAUUAAAUGACGUAAUUCGAAUGAAUGGCUAUCCAACCAGAUAUUGA